AUCAUGACCGUUUAUGUAUUCAAUCUGAUAUCUAAAAGUCGGCAUAUAUCACUUGGCAGGUUUGAUAUGAAGUUGAUCGGUCCUUCGUUUGGGAUCCCGUUUGUAAUACUUGUAACUGCAGCAUUAUUUGGCCAAGUUGUACAAAAUAAAACAUACUGUGGUCUUAAAGAAGAACGAGGCUUUCUAACCUGGCACUUUAUAAUUUACUUCCUUGUUAUCUUAUUGUCCGUUGUCAUCAUCGCAAUUAUCUACCUUACCAUGUGGAUAAAUGUCCUGAGGCAAACUUCUAUAAUAAGUACAACUCUCCAACAAGCAUCGUCCGUCAACACUAAGAGGCUUGCCAUGAGACUGUCACUAUAUAUAGUGGUCAAUGUAAUUCAGUUCGGUGGAAGUGUCGUUGAGGGGCUUUGGAUAUCAUUUGAUGAACCACCAUUGGUAGUGCGGUAUGUGCACAUGUUUGCAGGAGUUGCAGCUGGAACUUUGAACGGAAUUGUAUAUCUCACAGUGCGUAGGGAAUAAUCCGUCGACAUGACAUGUUUGUGGUCAAUGUGAUUUCAAUGUUUAUAUGUCUAACAUUUAAAUUGUCUAGAAAUCCUUAAAUGGAACAUUUGUGGACACGAAUCAUAUCGAAACUUAUCAGACAAAGCAUAAUGCAGUUUUAAUUAGUGUUUUAUACUAGUAAUCAAAGGUAGUUAUAAUUAUUAAGAGAAAAAAAAUGCGCAAAAAAUUUGGAGAAAUGAAACUUCUUUAAAGGAGAAAUAUCCCUUUGUCCAUUCGUUUUUGAUGCGUUUUGUUAUUUGAUUUUGCCAUGUGAUUAUGGACUUU